AUGGGUCUCAUCGAUAAGCUACAAGCCAAAGAGCAAUGCGAUAUUGGAUUGUUUGGAAAGAUCACUAAUAUCGAAGCAGAACUUGAGAUCUACCGUCUCGAACAGCGCUACGCACGCCGCAAGCACCGCAGCACCUUCUCCGCCGGUGCCCAAUACGUCGACGGCGAAUAUGUCUACUCGAAUGGCGCAACCUCGCCGACCAGCACCGUCUCUAAGCACUCCACCGGUAGCUGGCGCCCAUCAGGAUGGGGCAGCCAGUCAUCGCGAUAG